AGGAUAAAACCGUUUUCACUUUUGCUUUCCGCCAAGUCUCCAACACAGAUUCGCAACGCACGGAAACAUGAUCAAGCUCCUGGUUUUCGGUCUUGCUCUUACCUUCCAAGUAGUUCAUCCUGCAGUUCUACCUGAAAGAGUAUCCGCAUCCGUUUGCAAGAAGUCAUCGGAAGAUUACACGAAAUGUCUUCUGGAUGCCUUCGAACACGCUCGGCCCUACUUUGUGUCCGGAGUCCCAGAACUGGAUUUUCCGGGAAUCGAUCCAUUGAUCAUCAAUGUCACCUCCGUCGAUAGAACUUUGAACGAAUUAGUCAGCAUCAAGGCCGUAAUGAGAGAUGUUAGAGUUACCGGACUCAAGGGCGUAAUCAUCGACGAUUUGAAAGCCGAUAUUGAUAAGAUGGUAGGAGAGAUCAGAUUAACAGUUCCACGAUGCGAGAUGUCUAUGGAACACGAUGUCACAGGUCAAUUGCUAAUCAUUCCCCUCAGAAGUCGCGGACUCUUCAAAGGAAACUUUACUAACAUUCAAAUGUACAUGCGCGCACAGUUCAAACGUUUCGAGAAGGAUGGCAUCGAGUUCUUCGCUAUCGACAAAUUCGAUACGAAGUUCCGCGUCGGCGACGGUGUUAUCAAAAUUGUUUCAAAGAAUCCCCAGUUGCAAUUCUCAGCUGAUUUAAUCACAAACUUCUAUAACGAGAACCCACGUUUGGUUAUGGACGCAAUCAAUCCGAUUUUCAAUGACUAUUCAAACAAAGUCAUCCGCCAAGAAAUUGAUAAUUACUUAGCGAAAGUUCCAGCAGAUGAAUUCCUUCCGGAAUAAAAUAUAAUUUUUAAUUUUUGUAUAUAUUUUUUAUACCAU